AUGUUCCGAAAUUUGCUCAAAACCUCAUUUUCCAUCAACAACAGACUUCAAUUAUGUAGAUUUAAGGCAACAAUUGAUUACAGCAAGUUCCCUAAAAUAAAUGAAGAAGACUUGGAAGAACGUUUUGUGCGUGGAUCAGGACCCGGAGGACAAGCAGUAAAUAAAACAGCCAACAACGUCGUGUUAAAACACAUUCCGACAGGCAUUAUUGUGAAAUGUCACAAAAGUCGGUUAGUUGAAGAGAAUCGCAAAGAAGCGAGAAAACUUUUAGCUAUCAAAUUAGACAAUGAAAUCAAUGGAGAGAAUUCAGUUGAAGCACAAACGCGAAAAGUUGAGGCGAAAAAAAUGAAUGAAGCUGAUCGUCGUCGUCGAAAAUUGCAAGAAAUGAAGCAAAAAUGGAAGGAACGAGAAAAUAUCGAGUAG